UGACAUGGCUACACUGCCAACGAGGCACCUUCGAUCGAUGGGUUGUUGUCAACAAAUUCUCACUGAAAUAUAUAAAAAAUAAAACUAAAAAUUACCAUAAUAAUUUAAUUUGGCUCAUUUAAGAUAAAAUUUCUAAACCAUAUUAUUGUCGAUAAAAUUUGCGAUAAGAAUAAUUAACAAGUGAUAGUGAAAGUAUUGCAUCGUUUGUUCUAUGAUAGUGACGAGGCUGUUUGUGCAGCUAGGAGCAUAUGUGCGUGAAUAUUUUGCGAAUGUUACGUAAGCAGCGGUAGCGUGAAAUGUCGUGGAUGAAGCGGGGGCAGGGCGGCGUGCCGCCGCCCGCCGCAGACCAGUCGCAGUACGGCGCGCCCCAGCCUUAUGGAAAUCAACAAAACAUGUACCCUAACUAUCAGGGUACCCCAUCUAACAUAGCACAACAUCAGCAACAAUAUUGGCAGCAGCAGCAGCAGCAGCAGACCCAGCCGGCAUACAAUCAGCAAUACGGGCAAAUGUAUCCACAGCAGAGUUAUGGUAACAAUGCCAAUCAGUAUUAUCAACAGCCAACACAAUACAAUCAGAACUUUUCUAAUCAAAACUAUAAUAGCACUCAGCAGGCAUAUCCACAAAAUUAUUAUCCUAAUCAAAGUAUGCCUCAACAAAGCUACCCACAAAAUAAGGUGAAUAAUGAUGGUUGGGAAGAUAAUUGGGACUGGGGCUGGGAAGAUUCAAGUAAACAAAAACCUGUUACUAAUCAGAUUGCCCAACAAUUGAAUACUUCCCAAGCACAAGCCUGUCCCAAUGCAAAUGUUAUAGAAGAAAGUUUUGCAUCAACAAACACUUGGAAUUGGGCUAUGGAGGAGAAAAAAGAGCCUCAAGAACAGUCCAGUACUUCAACCCAAGCAAAUAAAGAACUAGCUCAGCAGCCUACUGGUAGUAAACCACAGCUUAGCUCCCAACAUGAAUCUAACAUACAGAGCAAUGUAAACCAUCCUAGCCAGCCUGAACAUAGUUCAUCUGAAGUCAAGACCUUGAGUGACAAAGAUGUUGUGAAAGAACAACUGCCUAAUUUGGCCCUCGGUAAACGUUUUCAUCUUGAAAACUUAACACCCCAGUGGUCAAUAGAGUCCCAAAUGUCACAGGAAUCAAGUGAUGGACCUCAUACACAAUCUGAAGGAACUUUUAGAAGUGAAAAUCAAUCUAGGAAUUCAAGCAAGAGUAGUCCCGGCCUGAACACUGACAAUUCAAACUUUAAUUACACUCAAUCUGGCAUAGAGGAGAUGUACACUCAGGGCACAGAGUGGUCAAAUCAUUCUAAUGACGAUUCAACUAAAGUUGACAGUCACAAAAGUAAUAGCAGCAGAAGGGAAAGUCAUGAUGAAUUGUCAAGUUCCUUGCAAGACAUGAGUAUAUCUAAUACUGAUAAUACUCCAGCACCUGAUAAUGACUUUGAACACACAUUGCAUGAUAGUUUACCACCACCUGUACAGCCACCACCAUCCACUUCACCCGUUGAGCUGGCUCAACCGCUUUCAUCAUCUAUGCCUCCUCCACCACCUGUUUCUGCUGCAACCAAUCAACCUGCACCAAUACCCUCGGGAACAUUGCCUCCACCAACUUCAUUUCCUCCGCCAUCUGCAUCGCAGAACCCAUUCAAACAUGCAGGACCCUUUUCCCACAGAAACAUAUCUAAAAACCAUUCAAAUAUACCUUCCCAGCCAUUCCCACCGCAAAUGGCCAAUACAAAUUUAACAUCACCUUCAGUUGUGAGCAAGAUUUCCCAGGGCAAUAGAAUGCCAAUUGGAUUUGGAGCUAAUUUAGAGACAACACCCGAUAAUUCAGAAAGACCAGAUCAACCGCAAGCAGCAAGCUUUGCACCACUUCCCGUAUCUCAGCAGAUCCCUGACAAUAUGGAAGUUGCUCCACAACGCGAUAGAAAUGAAUAUUUACAAACAGAACACUUGUCCAGUGUUGACUUUGGUGAAAAUACAGAUUUUACCCAAAACGUUCCACCUCCUGGCUUAAGAAGAAUGGUAGUGGGUCAGCAAGAAACAGAAUACGGCCAAAAUUUAAAUAUUUCUGGUGAUGAACCGCCUCCAGGACUAGCGCGAAUGGUUCCCGGUCAACAAACAGAAUCUGACGGGUAUAAUCAAUCUAACGACAACUACUUGGAACGCCAUGUCGAUGGUCAAAUCACUGAUAACGGUGGUCGUCCAUUCAGGCAGGCUGAUGGGCAGCAAACCCCUGAUAAUUAUUCACAGGCGCCACCAAACAGGGGAUCCGAUAGAAGACCAAUAGGCUUAGAUAGGAUGGUUCCUGGAGAGCCCAGUAACAAUGAAUAUAUGCAAUAUCAGGCCGGCAAUUAUGGUGGUUCCAAUGAACCUAGGGUUGUUACGGGAGUCGAUCACGACUAUCCUCUGCAUGUAGAGGCGGGCCCACCGGAGGUCAGAGAGCAGAAUGUCGACGGCUCAGAUUAUACAGAAACUGCUGUGCGAAACCCAACCAGGAAUGUUAUAGGACUAAGGGAAGUAACCAACGACUCAUCCGUAGAGUUCGUGGCAGCACCUGGAGAUGAGCAGCGCGAGCGCGAGCUCACUAUGGAGGGGGAAAACUUGCAGGACUUGAGUGUCAUAUCUGGAGCGGAAAUGACAUUCUCAAGGGAGCAGAUGUUCGAUGUAGUCAGUGGCAACGUAACCGAGUUGGCAAACGACGCCUCAGAGUCUGUCGAGUAUCCCGCAAACGGGUCGCGCAGGCAGUCCGUUAACCGCGUCAAUACGUCCGGAGAAGACUCCGACCGCGACAGAACCUUCAAGUCGUCUCCGAGAAGGGACAGAGAAAAACAGAAGUCUUCGAGAGAUCGCGACCGAGACAGGGAAAGGGAUAAAGAUGGCAGAUAUUCAAGGGGCGAUAGAAAAUAUGACAGAGAUCCUGGUAGAAGAUCGGGAAGGGACGGCCGAAGAUCCGAAAAGGACAGGAGAGACAGGGACCGGGAAGGGAAGGAGCGCGACAGGCUCGAACGGGACGGGAGCCCAGAGGCCCCUCGGCAGCGACGCAGCGCGCGUGGCCGCCGCUACGACACCGAAGACACCGACUACUACAGCGACCGGGAGCGAGAGCGCAGGCGCUACCGCGAGGGCUCCUUCACAUCGAAACCCCCGCGGCCCGACGACAAGGAGCGCCGCCGGUACAACACCACCGAGCGCGACCGCUACGAUGACGACAGCGGCAGCAGGCGGCGCGCCGACCGCCACCGUGACCGCGCGGACCGCAGCGACCGCGCGGACCGCAGCGACCGCGCGGACCGCACCGACCGCGCGGACCUGCGCCCCGGCUUGGGUUGUACUGGUGUGGGGCGGGGUGCGGGCGGGGCGAGUAGUGAGGAGUGCGUGGUGGCUAUGUAG